AUGCCUGAACCAGGCAUAUCUGCAGGAUGGGCGCUAUGUUCCCCACCUUACUCCACAAGCGCCUCGCGGGGUGCAGGUAUCCUCUUCCGCAACUAUGCUUCCGUGGUGCAUGGUGCUGGCGACUCCUAUUCAGACCAGACUUCAUUCACCGAGAUUCCCAACAAGGGUCGCGGCGCAUACUUCCGAUAUUCAGGGCCCAUAUUCUAG